CAAGAUGACGAGGAUGGGGAGGGAGAAGAUGAUGCCGAAGUCCAGCAAGAAUGCCUGAAGAAAUUUUCAACCCCUGACUAUAUAAUGGAGCCGUCUAUAUUUAACACGUUAAAGAGAUAUUUCCAAGCAGGAGGUUCUCCAGAGAACGUCAUCCAGCUCCUCUCUGAAAACUACACUGCAGUGGCACAGACUGUAAAUUUGCUGGCAGAGUGGCUCAUUCAAACAGGUGUUGAGCCACUGCAAGUUCAGGAGACUGUAGAAAACCAUUUAAAGAGCUUACUUAUCAAGCAUUUUGACCCUCGGAAAGCAGAUUCCAUCUUUACAGAGGAAGGAGAGACUCCAGCCUGGCUCGAGCAAAUGAUAGCACAUACCACGUGGAGAGAUCUUUUUUACAAGUUGGCAGAAGCCCAUCCCGACUGUUUAAUGCUUAAUUUUACUGUGAAGCUUAUAUCUGAUGCUGGGUAUCAGGGGGAAAUAACCAGUGUUUCAACAGCAUGUCAGCAACUAGAAGUAUUUUCCAGAGUCCUGCGUACGUCUCUGGCAACAAUUUUAGAUGGAGGAGAAGAAAACCUUGAAAAAAACCUCCCUGAGUUUGCUAAGAUGGUGUGCCAUGGAGAACACACUUACCUUUUUGCUCAAUCUAUGAUGUCCAUAUUGGCUCAAGAAGAGCAAGGAGGGUCAGCUGUCAGGCGGAUUGCUCAGGAGGUUCAACGAUACGCUCAUGAGAAAGGCCACGAUGCUAGUCAGAUCACUUUAGCGCUGGGUACUGCAGCCUCCUAUCCUCGAGCAUGUCAGGCUCUUGGUGCGAUGCUGUCCAAGGGAGCUCUGAAUCCAGCAGAUAUCACUGUCCUAUUCAAAAUGUUUACAAGCAUGGACCCACCUCCAGUAGAACUGAUUCGAGUACCUGCCUUUCUGGACCUCUUCAUGCAGUCAUUGUUUAAGCCAGGUGCUAAGAUCAACCAGGACCACAAACACAAAUAUAUUCACAUACUGGCGUAUGCAGCUAGUGUGGUAGAGAUGUGGAAAAAGAACAAGAGAGUCAGCAUAAACAAGGAUGAACUCAAGUCGACUUCAAAAGCCAUUGAAACUGUUCACAAUCUGUGUUGCAAUGAGAACAAAGGAGCAUCAGAGUUGGUUGCAGAACUGAGCACUCUCUAUCAGUGCAUCAGGUUCCCAGUGGUGGCAAUGGGAGUAUUAAAGUGGGUGGACUGGACAGUGUCAGAGCCACGAUACUUCCAGCUGCAGACUGAUCACACUCCAGUUCAUCUGGCAUUAUUGGAUGAGAUCAGUACAUGCCAUCAGCUGCUUCAUCCCCAAGUUCUACAACUUCUUGUCAAGCUCUUUGAAACAGAACAUUCGCAGCUCGAUGUCAUGGAGCAGCUGGAGUUGAAGAAGACUCUCUUGGAUAGAAUGGUGCACUUACUCAGUCGAGGAUAUGUCCUACCUGUUGUCAGCUAUAUCCGCAAAUGCCUGGAGAAGCUCGAUACGGAUAUCUCUCUCAUCAGAUACUUUGUUACAGAGGUGCUCGAUGUGAUUGCUCCUCCAUAUACCUCAGACUUUGUACAGCUUUUCCUUCCCAUCUUGGAGAACGAAAGUAUUGCAGGUACUAUUAAAACAGAAGGUGAACAUGAUCCUGUCACUGAGUUUAUAGCUCAUUGCAAAUCUAACUUCAUUAUGAUGAACUAAGCAGUGGAAAGUAUCAAGAAUGCAGAGCACGUGAUCAUUACUUUGCCAUACACUCCACCAGUACGGUUCUAUAACUGGGCAACACAGCAGCAAAAAAAAAAAACCCACCCAAAAACAAAACAAGGAAGAAAGGGCUGAAGGGUAUUUGAUUGACUUGCAUGGUAACCGUGAGUUUCGUAUCGGAGAACUGUUAAGGUAAUUUAGAAAAUGGAGUAAUAUUGAAGUAUUUUUGUUGCUACACAAAUCAGUGUAAAUCUGAGUAUUCUGAAGGGGAUAGCAGGA